AUGUCUCCUUCUCCUAUGCCCAUGCCCACCGAGACUGUAGACAGCCCUCCGGAAGUCUACACUGCUGGACAAGAGAAAACCCCCUUCCAGGCUUGCGAAGAUAAUGAUGACGAAGAAGACAGUAGCAGUGCAGAUGCUGGAGAUGAAAAUUACCUCCUUCUGCCAGACAACAGGGAUCAUGAGUCAGAACAUUAUGAAAAGGCGUGA